AUGCAUGUACGUGUUAUAUACUCUGUCAAGUUCUCGACAACUAUUGCCGCUGCUGCUUCACCUAUUGUUGGAUCUGGAAACAAAAGAGAUAACAAGAGGGAUGCUGGGGAAGAAAUCGAGAUAAAGCUGAAGAAGAAAAAGGUGGUGGCAGACUUCAGCAAGAUGAAGACUAUCCAAGAGUUUAGCAAUGGAAACUCAUCUUCUAAUGAUCAAACGACCCCUUCUGCACCUCAACUGCAAAGCACCAAAGCGUCUAAAACAGUUACUGCCAGGAACAUACCAUUUUCUAUCCAUAAGUCUGAUCUAAUCGAGUUCUUUAAACAGGCCGGGGAAGUUGUUGAUGCGUGGUAUUGGAAGCGUAGCUUGGAGAUCAAGGAUGAUACCAAGUUAGAAAUAUACCACCAAAAAUUGUCCACUAAAUCUGACGUGAUCGAGUACUUUAAAUGGGCUGGGGAAAUAAUUGAUGUGCGUUUCUCUUCACUUGAUAAUGAAAAUUUCAGUGGAUAUUGCCAUAUUGAGUUCGCAACCGAAGAAGGUGCGAAGAGGGCAGCUAAGUUGAAUGGCCAACACUGCUUGGGCCGUCCUUUUGAACUUCGCUUUGCUCGUGAAACCAUAUGUGUCCGGGGUUUUGAUACGUCUAUAAAAUUUGACCAGAUCCACAGCUCCCUGGAAGAGAUUUUCUCAACCUGCGGAAAGAUCAUAUGGAUGCACAUUCCAACAUUUCCUUACACUAAUGUUACAUUGGGGAAGGCUUUCAUCGAGUUAUAUGAUCUCCGAGCAUUCCCCAAAGCUCUUGCUAUGAAUGGACAUAAACUUGGUGAUUCCACUUUGAGAGUCGAAGAUGCUACACCACUUCAACUUGAUGUUAAUCCACCGGGCCGUCGACGGAGAAUUGGUGGAAGACCUGUUGGUCCUUACGGUGGCUCAAUCUACCCUCGCAGAUACUUCCCUCACAGAGGUUGGGGUGGUGCUGGCAUUGGAAAACAUAAAGGCAUCUUACAUAAAAUCAUAUUUGAUGAUGAUUCACCGGGAGGACGAACAGUUGAUUGGGGUUCACCUGAAGAGGAAAAAUAG